AUGAAUAGACUUUCCAACCCCUCGCUGUCCAGAUCGCCCUUGGCUACCCUCUCCUCUUCUCUCUCUGGGACCACCAACCUUUGCCUUGCGAUAGGGGCCGCUUCGCUUGGCAGUCUCAUCGUCCUGCGAUCUUUGACACGCUCCUCCCCGCCUGGCCAGAUACAGAUCAUCCCCUCUCCAGCCGAGACGCUGCUACCCACCCUAGAUGUCAAGGACCUGACAGAGCUGCCCUAUCCUCCCCACGCUCUGCCUGGCUCGCGGGACGUCCCCUCUCCGCAUGGAACCAUUCGCGUGUACGAAUGGGGGCCCGAGGAGGGGGAAAAGAUUCUGCUCGUCCAUGGCAUUUCCACUCCAAGCAUCGCCUUGGCCGACUUGGGCCAUAAGCUUGUUCGCAAAGGACAUCGAGUUAUGCUGUUUGAUCUCUUUGGCCGUGGCCACUCUUCCGGUCCCUCUCCAGACACUAUCCGAUAUGACACUGCACUGUACAUUACCCAGAUCCUAUUUGUCUUGCAGUCCUCAACACUGCACUGGUCAGCCUUUACGAUCCUGGGUUACUCUCUAGGCGGAGCAAUAGCAGCAGACUUUACUUCCUACUUCCCCGACCUAGUCAAGGGCCUUGUUCUCGUGGCCCCUGGAGGACUGAUUCGCACGAGCCACCAAUCAUGGAGCAGCAAGCUGUUAUACAACAGCAGCUGGAUGCCCGAAUGGAUGGUCAGAAAGCUAGUCGCCAAACGGCUCUACACGGGUACCAAGUCCGAAGACAGCGUGGAAGGUCGCCCAGGCGCAGUCGAGAAUGCAGAGACGACAACGACGUCCAAGAGCGACGCGAGCAGUAGCGCAGCAGUCUACCAAUCCUCAAACACCAUCCUCUUACCCGGAAGCCCCAACAGCACCGUCUCGGGAGUCGUAGACUGGCAAAUCAAGCACCACGCCGGCUUCGUUCCAGCCUUCAUCUCCACAAUCAGACACGGGCCCGUGCAUCACCAGCAUGACCGCUGGCAAGUCAUACGGGAGAACAUGGAGAAGAAGAAUGCCCCGCUCAGUGAGGUCUGGCUUGUACUGGGUGAAACCGAUCCCAUCAUCGUCUGGGACGAGGUCUCGGAAGACGUGAAGAAUAUCCUGGGAGAGGAACAUGUCAAGAUCAAGACGAUAGAGGGUGCGGGACAUGAACUCGCUAUUGAGAAGGCAGACUCGAUUGUAAGGGUUGUACAGCGUAGUCUGGGGCAUGCGGAGAAGCGCAGUGCCCGUAGUGGUGUGAGUGGUAGAUCUUCGCGAAGAGAGAGGGAGAGAUGA